CUCCGGCGAGUGUGCAGCCCCGGGGGGAGCCGGCGCUCCAGGCUGGGAACCCGUCAGCCCGCCCACCCGCCCGGCGUCUUUGGCGCCCGCCCGCUCGCCGGCCCGCGCCCAGGGGCCUGCUACACCCGGAGCUGGGGCCGCCGCUCAGGGGCGCUCGGGCCAGAGGCGCCGCUCGGGGCGAGCCGGCCGCGCCGCCAGGCUGGUCCCCCGCGCCCGCGCCCGCGCCCGGGAUGCCGUUCUACAGGCGCACAGUGGUGCCCCAGCGCCUGUGCCCGCGCAACCCGCCACAGCCGCUGACCGAGCUCCGCGACGUGAGCCACCUGGCCGCGCUCAGCCUGCUCCGGCAGCUCGCCGACCUCUGCGGCCACUCGCUGGCUCUGCUCGAGGACCUCGAGGGGCACCUGCUGGCCCUGGGGCGCCGCACCGACAGCCUGUGCCGCCGCACCGUGCACCUCCGCCGCCGCCUUCCCUGCCGCCUGCUCGGUCCGGAGGACGACGAGGAAGAGCUAGGUGCCUCCCAUUGGUCAAACCUAACCCGAAGUCAGAGGGCGAGGGAACCUGUCGAUGCAGUCUAUACAGGUCAAGAAGUUGAGCCUGACCAGGACUAAAGAAGCCCUCCUC